UUAUGCAAAACAUAACAUCCUUACUCUAAUAAAUAAGUCCCUUCUUUAAUUUAAUAACCAAAAAAACAAUGAAAUGGGAAUCUUGGCUUUGGCAUCGUCGGUAUUCGCUGUUACUUGGACCAGUGUCUUCUUCCCUGACUUUCAGGCUCAGCCACCCUUCCUUCUCUCUGUUUUCUUCUAACACUCUCAACAAUGGAACCAUCAACCCGUCACUGUUAGGGUUUCUCUUUACCUUUACAGAUUUGAUAGAGAGAGAGAGAGAGAGAGAGAGAGAGAGAAGGGUAUACAUUGAUAGAGAGAUAUGGGUCAAGGGACCCAGACAGCUCAAAAAAGAAGUGGAGUAGCUGGUGGUUCCCUUCCCAUCACCACCUCCAGACUUAGCGGCCGUACAUCUUCUGGUUUACCUCGUGGCCGUCAAAUUCAAAAGACUUUCAACAAUCUCAAGAUUACAAUCGUUUGUGGCUUCGUUACUAUUCUUGUCCUUCGUGGCACCAUCGGCGUCGGAAACCUCGCUGGCUACGCCGACGCUGAGGUUGAGAACCAGAACCUCAUCGAGGAAACCAAUCGAAUUAUAGCUGAGAUUCGUUCUGAUAGUGAUCCUACAGACCCUUCUGAUUCUGAAGCUGAAUUCAACCCAAAUGUUACCUACACUCUUGGCCCCAAGAUUUUCGAUUGGGACCAGCAGCGCAAGAAUUGGCUCCAAAGCAAUCCCCAUUUCCCCAAUUACGUCAAUGGCAAAGCUCGGAUAUUGCUCGUUACUGGGUCUCCUCCCAACCCUUGUGACAACUCAAUUGGUGAUCAUUACCUUCUCAAGUCCAUCAAGAACAAGAUCGAUUACUGUAGAAUUCAUGGGAUUGAGAUCCUUUACAAUUUGGCUCAUCUUGAUAAGGAGCUCGCCGGUUAUUGGGCUAAGCUGCCUUUGAUUCGACGGCUAAUGUUGUCACACCCGGAGGUGGAGUGGAUCUGGUGGAUGGAUAGCGAUGCCUUGUUUACGGAUAUGGUGUUUCAGAUUCCUCUUUCUAAGUAUGAUCAGUAUAAUAUGGUAGUCCAUGGUUACCCGGAUUUGAUGUUUGAGCAGAAAUCUUGGAUCGCCUUGAACACCGGAAGCUUUCUCUUCCGGAAUUGCCAGUGGUCUUUGGAUUUGCUUGACGCUUGGGCUCCUAUGGGUCCCAAGGGACCAGUUAGGGAUGAAGCGGGGAAGAUCUUGACUGCUAAUUUGAAAGGGCGGCCGGCAUUUGAGGCCGACGAUCAGUCAGCGUUGAUAUAUCUUUUGAUAUCCCAGAAGCAUUGGAUGGAGAAGGUUUUCCUCGAGAAUUCUUACUACUUACAUGGCUACUGGGCUGGUCUAGUGGAUAGAUAUGAGGAGAUGAUGGAGAAGUACCAUCCAGGAUUGGGUGAUGAGAGAUGGCCAUUCGUGACCCAUUUCGUUGGUUGCAAGCCCUGUGGGAGCUAUGGGGAUUAUCCAGUGGAGAGGUGCUUGAAAAGCAUGGAGAGGGCCUUUAAUUUUGCAGAUAAUCAGGUUCUGAAAUUAUAUGGAUUUAGGCACAGGGGCUUGUUGAGUCCCAAGAUCAGGAGGAUCAGGAAUGAGACGGCAACUCCUUUGGAGUUUGUAGAUGAAUUCGAUAUACGACGAUAUCCUGUUCAUCGAAGAUCUGAUCCAUAGGGCACUUGCGUAACAUUCUUCCCUGUUUCAUAAAUUAUUGUGUCCUGCUCUUGUUUGAACAAAGAAAGGUUGAGCUAAAAUGGGGAAAAAUAUACCAAUCCUGUUUCUGGUUUGAAGUUUCAGUUCAUGAACCAUCACACUGGUUUUGCCAAAAAUGCAUGUUUGCUUUGAAGACAGAUUGUCAUUGUAUUAGAGAACAGAACCCAGGAUUUGUACAACUUCCCUGCAUCAAAUGAGUGUAGAAGUACAACAGACCUGUAUCACUUCCACACAAUUGAGGGCCACUAAUGUCUGUAGAUUAGUAGUAUACGAGUAUGGAGGCUUUCCAGAAAAGCAAUGUUA